GGGAGGGAUAACUUUCAGGAAGUGAAGCAGACUUGUUUCUGUUUCGACCUCACUGGGAAGCAGUUUGUGGUAGAAACCUUGGAAGAAGACGUAUGUAGUUUAAACAGCUUAUCGUUGUGUUCAUAACAAGAAUCCCAAGUGACAGCGUACGGCCUCUCUUCCUUUCGGCGGUCGUUGAAAAUUUCAGCUCUUUUCAUGGCACCGCCAAGAAAAAGUGUGUUACCCAAACCGCUCCCAGACAGCUUCAUACUGACAGACACUGAGAAGAAGAAAUGGAGGCUAGGCAAAAUCAUCGGACAAGGUGGUUUUGGACUGAUCUAUCUUGCCUCCCAGGACAUAGAGAGACCUGUUGCAGCAGACACUAACUUUGUCAUCAAAGUGGAGUACCAGGACAACGGCCCCCUGUUCUCGGAACUCAAGUUCUACCAGAGGGCAGCCAAACCAGAGAGCAUGCAACAAUGGAAGAGAAGCAAGAAGCUGGAUUUCCUGGGCAUCCCGACGUACUGGGGCUCAGGAAUUGCUGAAUAUAAUAACCUCAGGUAUCGUUUCAUGGCCAUGGACCGACUGGGCAGUGACCUUCAGAAAGUUUGUGAAUGCAACAACGGCCGACUGAAGAAGACUACUGUUCUCCAGCUCGGAAAGAGACUGGUGGAUAUACUGGAGUAUAUACAUAAGAAUGAGUAUGUCCAUGCAGACAUUAAAGCUGCCAACCUCAUGCUGGGUUACAGAGACCCUGAACAGGUCUACCUUGCAGACUAUGGGCUGUCCUACAGAUACUGCCCUGAUGGAGUCCACAAAGAAUACAAGGAAAACCCCAAGAAGGGCCAUAAUGGAACCAUUGAAUACACCAGCAUUGAUGCCCACAAAGGAGUCACGGCAUCUAGACGUAGUGACCUCCAGAUUUUGGGUUUCUGUCUCCUUCACUGGUUAUGUGGGUCUCUUCCUUGGGACGGUGUUCUCAAAAAUCCAACUCGGGUCCAGGAGGCCAAGGAAAGUCUGAUGGAUAAUCUGCCAGACUCAGUCCAGCAGCUGUCAGUGAGUGGAUCCAGCACAGAUGAAGUGGCCAAAUUCCUCUUUUAUGUGAAUACUCUGGACUACCACGAGGAGCCUGAUUACCGGCAUCUUAAAACCCUGUUGGGCAGUGCUGUCAGGGGAGGACUUGACUUCUCUAAACCACAAGGAGCUGCAGGGGAGUCAUCCACCAAAGAUCCUCGAACCACGGAUAAGCAGAAAGGACAAGCCAGCAGAGUCCCCAAGGCCAAACCUUCAUCUCCAGAGGAGCAUGACGACGUCCAUGAAGGGAUGAAGUCCAAAAUGGUGCCAGCUCGCUACAUCAGAGGACCGCCCCUCACUAAACCGGAGUCACAACAGAAGGAAGAAGUUCCUCCUGCUGUCAGACGGUCCCUGAGGCCAAAGCCUGCACGCACUUAUGAAGAAUAUGACAGUGAAGAGGAGGACGAAAGGCCCAAGCCCAUUGCUGCACACUAUCUCAGAGGUCCUCCAAUAAAGCCCAGAUCUCAACCCAAACAGAAACCUAACCCCAAAAGGACAAGCAGGAAAACCAAUGACGUGCCUUUGACCUCAGGGAGAAUGGACCGCCAACUCUUCCCACAAAGGAGAAAAGAUGAACGGGCAAAAUGUGAGACAGAACACAGAGAGAGACGGGAGGAAAGCGCAUUCCAGCACAGCCCAACGUACAGAUAUCCAGAGUACUGUGAUUGCCAGCUCUAUGAAUACACAGACAGGAUGGGUAAAUGGAAAGACUCUGUCCCCAAAAAUUCAAGUCCCCCACAGAGAGGAUGGCUGAUGUCCUGGUUAGUCUUCCUGAGCGUCUUCCUUUUACUGGUUGCUGUUGUUGGAGUUUGCCAGCGUACACUGAAACCCCUUUGAGGACGUAAUGGAUCUUCACGUUUUAACAGCUCCUUUCAGAGCUGCUUCCCAAAGUGGAGACGGAGCAGCCGGGAACACAAAGCCUCUCAUUAGGACUUCUGGGCUGCCAUUUUGACAGUGAUGGGCUGAAAUAGAAGGACAAGCCUCAGUUUAUUCAGACUAUUAGAUGUUCUGUAAAGGUAAACAUGCUAUGAAAGAUCACUUUAUGAUAAAAAGAUGAAGUGGGCUCUCAUUUCUGACUGCAGCUCACAUGCACAAAUAAAACCAUCUCUGAAUUUGAAUCGGUGGCGAGCUGCAUUCACAGACACGCAGUGUCACACGUUUACUCCUUUAUCAGACGAGGAGUAGCUUCAGUCAGAGUGUGUGAAUGCAGCACAUUGUUGGAAGCGCACUAGCAAAAGAGAAGGCUACAGGAUGUAUAGAGGCAUGUUAAUUAAUAAGCUGAAUAUCUAUUGAGGCCUUUCUAAAGGCAGCUGUCAGUCACACUGUGAGACACACACGUACCUUGCUGCAGUAAGGACACUCUCCAAAAACAAUGUUGAAGCUCUGCCUGCUGGAGUGCAGCGCUCGCAGCCACUGAAGGCAGAAGAGAAAAAGAUCAAAUCAUUACCUUGAAUCUGAUGUGUGGCUCAUAAUAACACCACUUUCAGUAUACACUUUGUAAAGCUAUAUUUAAGAUUAUUCACCAACUCGAAGCAUCGGAAGGCUUUUAAACCAGAACUUUCUAAAAACGUCCUGCGACGACUUCUAAGCUUCAGAGAUCUGCCCGUGCAGAGUGUCGCUGAAUACACUAAAGCCGUCUGUCCUUAUUUCCUGUGUGUUGUGAGGCUGCACUGGUCUAAUCCUACCUUUGAUCACACCUGACUCACUCACCUGAGCACCCACCUGUUAGAACACUAAAACACUGAUGGCCAAACCAAACAAA